UGAGAAACACACUCGGUUUUGUUGCUUUUGGUGAGAUACAGAUUUAACACAAUGCACCCAAAUUACUAUUAUGAAUAUUUUUUGAAAUAUGGUUAGAGGUAAGGGUCAGGUUGCUUUUAUUUUGAAAAACUACGGCGGAAGCGUUUCCCGUUGCAGCCGAUGGCGGAACACGGGCAAACACCAACUGGCUAAAGAGGAUUCACGGUUUUCGACAAAAACAAAGACUAACGUCAACUCACAGUGAAAGCCUCGCUGUCCGUACAGACAGUAAUUCACAUCUUACUCCUGUCCUUAAUUUGGAGCCCAGUGCAACAUUCACCAUCGCCGACACUACCAGAGGGACCCAUUUCAUAUUUGGGCCUACGGCUGGUCUUGCUGGAGUGAUAGCUCUCCGAUUGGCGCAGGUUGAGACCGAGGCACAGAUUGCUCUUCGGCAGCUUGCUGCUUUAGCCACCAUCACUUUCGGCAGCCAGUGUCACAGCAACUGGUUUACAGCAGCGCUACCUCCUCACCUGGCCCUCCUGACUCUUUUCAAUCGACCUCAGGCUGUGGGGUACACAAGCUAUAAAACCUACAGAACCACACGGCCUUGUCUGUCUGCUGCCAUGUAUCACCAACACCCACAGGGCUCACAGCCAUUUUCUAAUGGGGGCAGACCACCACCUCGUCAGCCACCUCCGAAUCAACAUCAGACUCGCUCUAAUAUGCAGGUGAUGGGUUUCCAGUUUCCUCGUCCGACCCAACUACCUGAUGAGCUUGAGUCUGCACUGGCAAUCCGGGGUGCCAGGGACAUGGACCACCGCCAGAUUGAUCACAUGACCCAACCAGAUCCACACCAGAACCAAGGUUCUGGGACCAGUCAGCAUGGAAACUUUGGCUCUAACCCAGUAUCCCUCCCCACUGACAGUCAGUCUGAACACCACCAGAGAGUAGAUUGGUCAAGCUACCAACCUCCAGCUAAACUGUUUGCUGCUCCUCCACCUUCUUCAAGUCAUCAGUCACAACAAGGGGCCCAACAGCCUCAGAACACCCAAGCAGGACCAAGACUCUCAAUUUGGACUCCAUCUGUAUGUGAAUCUCUUUCGAACCAAGUUCGGCAUGUCCAUGGUGCCAGUGGGGAGGGUCCGAGUUUAUACACACCAGAGAGCGCAGGAAGUAUCUUGGCUAGCUUUGGACUUUCAAAUGAGGACUUGGAAGUCCUGAGUCACUACCCUGAUGAUCAGUUAACCCCAGACACCUUGCCGUUCAUACUCCGUGAUAUCCAAAUCAACAAGUCAGGGAAACAGAAGACUUCGGCUUCCACUAGCUCAUCCUCAUUUUCACACAGCGCCCAUGACAUGCCAUUGCCUCCUUCCCACUCGUCUGCAUUGGCAUGUUCUCAUUCUCCAGAAGUGCCCAGCCUCCUUACUGUUACACAGACAGCUGGUAAAGUCAUUGACUAUGGGCAUGCCAGUCGCACCAAGGACGAAAGCACUAACAUGGGGAACUUCAAAAGAGAACUACUGUCUAGUGAACGGACAGUUAAAAUGUUCCCAGCCUUGUCCUCCUCAUCAGCUACAAAAGUAGAUAAAAGUGAAAGACGGCAGGUUCAUUUGGAACACACUGAACCAAGCAAGCAUGGAGACAGUGACUAUCGCAGGACGAGCAGCCUCCAGCGCGAGAGCAGUCAUUCACCAGGGAAAGAACUUUCUCUAUCUCCUAGAUCCCGUGAUCUAGACAGAGACUACAGGCGUGAUGGAACCAAACAAAGACUGCCAUCCGAAACGAGGAGUGACGUUUCUUCGAAAAGGUCCCUGUCCUCUUCGUGUGGGUCAAAACCACACAGCAGCGGCAAGAAGUUACCUACACCCACCAUGAUAAGUGAUUUCUCAGCUGUGUCUCCAAAGGUGUAUCCCCAUACCUGCUCCCUAUGCCACAUAGUGUGUGACCAGGAAAAGGACUGGGUUAAACAUGUUAACACUGUCAACCACACAGCUGCCUGCAGAGAUCUGCGCAACAAGUACCCUGGCUGGAAACCAAAUCUGCCAAGUCGGAGUGGACGAUAUGGCAGCCGUGCUCUGUGGGAUCCCAAGGAUGGCUCUCCAUCCCGUUCCAUGUCUCACUCCCUGUCUCGUUCUCCAAGUCCUCCUUCAAAAAAACGUCGGGUGGACAGCCACCCCUUCAGGCCACAGAGGAGGCGUAAUUCCCCUCAGCGUUACCCACAGCAGACGCAUGACACAGAACACAGGGAUCGGUUGAAGUACCGCCACACUGGCUCACGCAGUCCUUCUAAUAUGAACCGAACAUUCAGACAGUACUGGAGCGCCAGGAGGGACAGGGUUUCAACAGCGAGUUUCUCUCGCGUUGCUGUGAAGCGUCCACGCGGUGACUCAACCAAGCACUACACUGACACUAGCCGAGAUCGAGCCUCACGCUUGGGGGGUCACGGCUCCAAGCAUGGGUCAUCACAGCCCUCCACCAAAGGCCUUAAGGCUCUGAGCAAGCAUGGACCUAAGACGGCUAAGAUAUCUGCCAAGCCUCCACCGGCCAAGAAGAAGAAGAAAACUGUGACUCCAGCCUCACAGGACUCUCAGUCUGUUGCCAAUCGUCUGGUGUAUCUGAUGGGCAUCCCAGAGGACGCCUCUGAACAGGAGGUCACCGAUUUGGUCGGGGCCUUUGGAAAGAUCAAUAAUGUCAUCCUCAUGCCGUGUUCAGAGGAGAGCGAGAAGGGCCAAGGACAGAAGGCCUCUGUAUGUAUGGUGAAGGCUGAAGACGCCCAGGCUCUGGCUACCUCCACAAACCUCUCCAUCAGAGAGCAGCACAUCACAGCUUCAGUAGCUAAGAAACCUGAAGGAGAACAGUCUGCUGAUGCUAACAGCAAACCGUCCGUAGAACAGAACAAAGAUGCAGCUGGAACGGACACAGCUGCAGAAGGCAACACUGACCAGAAGACAUCUAGUGAGAAAGGCAGGCUGCUGAUCACAGGACUUCCUGAGAGCGGCUGGUCAGAAUGUGACAUCAUUAACUUGAUCCAGCCCUUUGGGACUCCCUCUGACAUCAUCCUGGCAACACAAAUGGGAAAGGCACUUGUGUCAGUGCCAGACAUGGACGUUGUUCAGGAGAUGGUAAAGGUCCACACGUUUGUGCCUGCCAAGGUGAAAGACUGUGAGGUUAAAUUGACCCCCCUGAAACAACACAUCAGCUUCAACACACCGGUGGCGCUCUACAAUCUUCUGAUGGGACCAGUGGAUCCAUUAAGUCGAGCUCCAGUCGCCUGGAACAGCCUGCUGGUUAUUGGGAAUGUUCCCGACACACCAAGCGGGUCCUCUGAAGUCGAGAAAUUGGUGCGACGCUUUGGAACAGUCAUCAAGACCCUCGUGCUCAGCAGCAUGGUGAUUUGUGAGAUGGCCACUGCAGCCAUGGCCCUGUCCGUGUACAAGCGCUUUCAGGCGUUUCCGUGUAUAAUCCAGAACAACCCGCUGUUCUUCUCCCGCAAGCCUGACCCCAAAGCCAGCACGCAGACCAAAGCCAUCACUGCCCCUCACGAUUCACCUGAGGAUACACCUGCGAAUGGCCAAGCAAAGCAGACGUCUGCAGACAGAGAGGAAGCAGCACACCAAGACAGUUCAGAGUCUCCCGAGGAGAGGAUUGAAAAACACUGUGAUGGAGAUGCUAAUAAGAUGACGGGCAGGGAGGAAACAGUUGAAGAGGUUUUAGAAGCGUGCAAAGACGGUAACGUGGAAAAAGACGAGCUCACGGUUUGUGACGCUGCACCGGAGAAUCAAUUAGAAGCAGACACAACGGGAACGUCAGGCAUUGACAUCAAGACGACAGAGGAGAGUAAAGUCAGUGCAUCUGAAGCAGAACGUGAACAAACUCCUGCAGAAGAGUCACAGCCACCUCGCCUGGAUGGCAAAGCAGAUUCUGAGGAAGCAGCCGAGCUGCCCAAGGUAACUCAAGCCAUGGUUAAUGCGCUGCUUGUGGAGUGCAGAACAGGACCCACCGGCCACUCCAGCAGCAGAGCAGCACCCCCCAGUGGAGAAAAGGGGGAAAACCAGACAGAGACUAAGCUGGGCCAAAAAACAACAGAGACUAAAGAGAUGACCAAAAAACAGAUGGGUGUGGAAGGUGAGGUGAAAAGGCAGGAGAAGGAGAAAAAGGACGCAAGAAAGGAGAAGGAGGUGAGGGAGAGAAUGAAGAGGCAGCGGGAGAGGGACAGAAGGGGCUGGGAGAAGGAGGAGAGAGCUAAGAGGGAGUGGACUGAAAAAUCCAGGAGGGAGAGGAGGGAGGAGGAACGAAGGGAGUGGGAGAGGAAGGAAAAGGAAAGAAGGGAGAGGAAGAGGGCCCACGGCAACGGUUUAUCGGGGUCGAGGUUGUCCUCCAGGUCGGAGGGAUCCAGGCAAAGCUACGGGAGGGAUGAGCGCCACAGUAUGGAGGCUGAAACCAAAGCGGAGGAGGAGCUGGAUGAGUUCCCGUUCGACAUGAGUGACUUUGUCACAGUGGACGAAGUCGGAGAUGUGGCCGAGCUUCCACUCGAAAGAUCAGAAGAAGGGGAGACCCCGCCCACAUGUGUCCCACAGGACACUCCACAGGACGCAGCCAUUGAUGUCACAGCAGCUCCAGCGAAGUGUGAGCUCACACCUGAGGGGGAUGUAACAGCUGAUCUGCUUCCCAGUGCUGCUGUGUCCCCACCGCCAGCUUCACAAGCCAAGCCUGCACACAGCCCAGUGCAUAAACCAUCCGAGGCUGACAUCACACCUCAGCCAGAUACCUCAUUAACUGCUGAGUUCACCCCAGAGGACCAAAGUGUUCCCAUCCCUGUCCCUGCAGCAGCUUCCUCCUUAGCAGCAGAAAGAAGCCAAGAUGGCGAUGAGGAGAAUCCUCUGAAACCUCGUGAGUCUGUUGAAGAAGAGAAGAUGGGAUUGGUCAAACAGGAGGAACACUUGAAGGUGCAGGAUCAGGAGAACAAGGACAGGAGAGAGACAGCUGCAGAAACUGGGAAACAGGAGCAAUCUGAAAGAAACUCCAAUGCUGAAGAGGAGAGCGAGAAGCCCAAAUUAGAAAUGGAAAUUCCCAGAAAAACAGAACAUUCCCUCCCUCCUUUUGACCCCAGCAACCCAGUUGGUAUGGAGUUCCUGGUCCCAAAGACGGGUUUUUUCUGUAAGGUGUGCGCUCGGUUCUUCAGCGGCUCCAAGGAGGCUGAAAUCAGCCACUGCAAAACCCGCAAACACUACGAGACCCUGCAGAAAUACUUGAAGACGUCCAAAACAACGAGCGAGACUGCCAAGCCCGACUCCAGCUGAAUGUGCUCCUGAUACUUUGGGUCCAGAUUCUCAUGUCGAUGUAGAUUUAGUUUGUGUCACAUUUUAAACUUGAACUGUUAAGUUUUUUUUGUAAUGUUUGAGGUUUCAUUGAUCACUUUAACUACUCGAGCUAAUUCUAAAGACAGUGGCUGUUUGCUUCACGGCGGUCGCCACAUCCAAAUCUGAUGUUUAUUUUGGUUCUUGAUGGGUGGGGGAUGCUGAAUUUUGAUUGCAUCUGAUAGAUAACAUUAAUGAUGGAAACUGUGCGGCUGAAGAUGAACUCCAUCAGGAAUCGUACACAAUCGAAAUGUUUUUAGUGAACUGUUGUUUUCCUCCUGAGUCUCAUUUCAGUUGUGAAAUAAAGAUAUCAAUAUUCUGAGCACCCA